GAUGCAUCGCAUGCGAGAAAAUAUCGAAGAUUCAUAUCGAGUGGUAUAACCCAUGCGAUAUGCAAGUCGCAUACGAUAAAUCUAGUAAUAAAAGCGCUGUUUUCGACAAAAAUGAGGUUAUACAAUAUGAGUGAGGUGAAUUAAAUUAAUUGUUUUGCAAUGAAUAUGGCAUAUCAAAAUGCUGUGCAACCAUAUCGCUGAACAAUUGGAAAAUAUUUUCGAUUAUAAUGAAAAACCGCGUUUUCAUAUAAGGGGUGAUCCAUUUGAAUUAUCAGAACGACAGUUCAUAAAUCUUUUUCGAUUGAAAAAAGAAACAGCAAACAGACUUAUUAAUAUUGUGGAAGACAAUUUUGUAGAACUAUCACAAUGUUCAGCUUUGGACGCGACUGUACAAGUUUUAGUUGCAUUACACUUUUAUGGAUCAGGCAGCUAUCAGAAUUGCAUAAGAAAAAAUAUUCACAUGGCUAUUAGUCAACCUUCGGUUAGCAGAUGUGUUCGAAAUGUGACUAACAUUCUUAAUUUACCAGAAAUAUUCAACGAUUGGGUGUGUUUUCCUAACACCUUUCAGAAGCUGCAACAACUACGUAACAAGAUGUGUAACACAUUCUAUAGAAACUUGCUAGGGGAACGAAACAAAUUAAUGACGGACAGUGUACAUAUAUAUAGAUUUUGGAUUAAUCAUCGUUUUCUUGGAGCGAUUGGUUGUAUAGACUGCACUCAUGUUGCAAUUGUUUCACCUCCUAAAGAAGAUUAGAAUUAUCCUGAACAUAUAUACAUAAAUAGAAAAGGAUAUCAUUCUAUUAAUGUACAAUUGAUAUGUGAUUCUGAUCUUAGGAUAAUGAAUGUUAAUGCCAGAUAUCCUGGAAGUACUCACGAUUCGUAUAUCUGGAAUAAUAGUAAUGUUCUUCCUAUUAUGCAAGAUAUUUACAAUCGUGGACACAGCUUUUUUUUAUUAGGUGAUUCUGGUUAUGCUCUUAGACCUUGGAUGAUAACUCCAAUAAUGGACAAUAAUCCUAAUAUUGGAACAAGAAGAUACCAUGAUUGGCAAAAGAGCACUAGAUCACUUAUUGAACAUUGCAAUGGUGUCUUGAAGAUAAGAUUUCGUUGCUUGUUGAAACAUAGAAUUUUACAUUAUCGACCAGAUGUAUGCUCGAAAAUUAUCAAUGCUUGUACCGUGUUACAUAAUAUGUGCAUUCACGACAACGUGCCUUUACCCGAAGCAGAUCAUGAAAUAUUGGAUUUUGGUAUGAAUGUUAUAGAUGGUGUAAACGAACCCGGGAUAGAUAUGUUAAAUAGAAAUAACGAACUGAUAGCUGGACGAAGAAUUCGCAAUAAUCUAAUAAGACAGUAUUUCCCCUGACAAUAUUUUACACAUACUUUUUACACAUGUAUUAUAUAUACA